CCUGCCCUACUGUGGGGCCGGGAUCUGCAUCCGGGUCGCGGCUUGCGGCUGUGCCCAUUGUCUGGGUUACCGGCCCGGACUCGCCAGUGCUGGGGAGCUGCGCUGAGGAGCCUGAGGGGUGGGAAGGGGACCGGCGCGUCUGCCGCCGCCGCCCGAGCCCGCCCUUCGCCUCCUUGUCCCGCCGCCGGCUUUAUGGAUCGCAGUUCGAAGAGGAGACAAGUGAAGCCUUUGGCAGCUUCACUGCUGGAAGCUUUAGAUUAUGAUAGCUCAGAUGACAGUGAUUUUAAGGUUGGAGAUGCCUCAGAUUCUGAAGGAAGCGGUCGUGGGAGUGAAGAUGCAUCAAAGGACAGUGGUGAAGGUUCCUGUAGUGAAUCAGAAGAAAAUGUCUUGGAGGAAGAAUUGGCAGAAGAAGUGAAAGUAGAGGAAGAACAGCAACCGAAAACUUCUGCUGGAGAAACGAUGCUUACAACAGAGAAAGAGGUGAUUAAGACUGAAAAAAAAGAACAGGAGGAAGAAGAUGAGAAGCCAAAAAAGAAAAAAGAAAAGGAGAAAGAAAAAGCAACUGAAUCUGAUGCUGCUGCUGCUGCUGCUGAUGAGCAAACAAGUGAACCAAAAAAGUGGAAUUUGCGUAGGAACCGACCUCUGCUGGAUUUUGUAUCAAUGGAAGAACUAAAUGAAAUGGAUGAUUAUGACAGUGAGGAUGACAACGACUGGCGACCUACUGCUGGGAAGAAGAAGGGAAAAACUGCACUGCGGAAAGAGGGAAGUGAUGGAGAUAAUGAGGAGGAUGAAGAUGAUGGAAGUGGUAGCGAUGAGGAUGACAAUGAUGAGGAAGGCAAUGAGGAUAACAGCAGCACUGCUAGUGAUGGUGGAUCCAAGAAAAAGAAAAAUAAAGUUCUUAGCAGGAAUAGUGCUGAUGAUGAGGAGCUGACAAAUGAUAGCCUGGCUCUUUCACAGAGCAAGAGUAAUGAGGACUCUCUGAUCCUUGAAAAGUCUCAAAACUGGACCUCCCAGAAAAUGGACCAUAUUCUGAUUUGCUGUGUUUGUCUUGGGGAUAACAGUGAAGAUGCUGAUGAAAUAAUCCAGUGUGACAAUUGUGGAAUAACAGUGCACGAAGGUUGCUAUGGUGUUGACGGAGAGAGUGAUUCUAUUAUGAGCUCAGCUUCAGAAAACUCCACUGAACCUUGGUUUUGUGAUGCAUGCAAAUGUGGGGUAUCUCCUAGCUGUGAACUAUGUCCCAAUCAAGAUGGAAUCUUCAAGGAGACAGAUGCUGGCAGGUGGGUCCACAUUGUUUGUGCCCUCUAUGUUCCAGGAGUGGCAUUUGGCGAUAUUGACAAGCUGCGGCCAGUAACGCUUACUGAAAUGAACUAUUCUAAGUAUGGUGCCAAGGAAUGCAGUUUUUGUGAAGACCCUCGUUUUGCCAGAACUGGUGUUUGCAUUAGUUGUGAUGCUGGCAUGUGUAGAGCUUAUUUCCAUGUGACCUGUGCUCAGAAAGAAGGCCUGCUGUCAGAAGCAGCAGCUGAAGAGGACAUAGCAGAUCCUUUUUUUGCUUAUUGUAAACAGCAUGCGGACCGGUUAGACAGAAAAUGGAAACGGAAGAACUACUUAGCUUUACAGUCUUAUUGCAAAAUGUCCUUGCAGGAAAGAGAGAAGCAGCUCUCGCCAGAAGCACAGGCCCGAAUCAAUGCCAGACUGCAGCAGUAUCGUGCCAAGGCAGAAUUAGCUCGUACCACCAGGCCUCAGGCAUGGGUUCCCAGGGAGAAGCUGCCACGACCACUCACUAGCAGUGCUUCAGCCAUACGUAAGCUGAUGCGCAAAGCUGAAUUAAUGGGAAUUAGUACAGACAUCUUUCCAGUGGACACUUCAGAUACCAGUUCCAGUGUGGAUGGAAGGCGAAAACAUAAGCAACCGGCUCUGACUGCUGAUUUUGUGAAUUAUUAUCUUGAGAGAAACAUGCGCAUGAUUCAGAUCCAAGAAAAUAUGGCUGAACAGAAGAAUAUUAAGGAUAAACUAGAAAAUGAGCAAGAAAAACUUCAUGUGGAAUAUAAUAAGCUGUGUGAGUCCUUAGAAGAGCUACAAAAUAUGAAUGGAAAGCUACGAAACGAAGGGCAAGGAAUAUGGACUCUACUGGGUAGAAUCAUUGGGCAGAAAUUGAACAUACCAGCAAUUUUACGAGCACCCAAGGAGAGGAAACCAAGUAAAAAGGAAGGAGGAACACAAAAGACGUCCACGCUUCCAGCAGUACUUUAUAGCUGUGGAAUUUGUAAGAAGAACCAUGAUCAGCACCUCCUCUUACUGUGUGAUACCUGUAAACUACAUUAUCAUCUCGGCUGUCUGGACCCUCCUCUUACAAGAAUGCCAAGGAAGACUAAAAACAGUUAUUGGCAGUGCUCAGAGUGUGACCAGGCAGGCAGCAGUGACAUGGAAGCAGAUAUUGCCAUGGAAACCUUACCAGAUGGGACCAAGAGAUCAAGGAGGCAGAUUAAAGAACCAGUGAAAUUUGUUCCACAGGAUGUGCCACCAGAACCAAAGAAGAUUCCAAUCAGAAACACGAGAACUAGAGGACGAAAACGAAGCUUUGUGCCUGAAGAAGAAAAGCCUGAGGAACGUAUUCCUAGAGAAAGACGGCAAAGGCAGUCUGUUCUACAAAAGAAACCCAAAUCAGAGGAUUUAAGAACCGAAUGUGCUACAUGCAAGGGGACUGGAGACAAUGAAAAUCUAGUCAGGUGUGAUGAAUGCAGGCUCUGCUACCAUUUUGGUUGCCUGGAACCUCCUUUGAAAAAAUCUCCAAAACAGACAGGCUAUGGAUGGAUUUGUCAAGAGUGUGAUUCUACUUCCUCUAAAGAAGAUACAAAGAUGGACAUUGGAAAUUAGCUGUCAACUAUAGUUUGGACAUCAAGCAGUCUUUCUUGAAUACCACUUAAAUACAAUGGUCACUGCUGGAGUGAAUUAUAAUUGAUAUUGAAUUCCUGUCACCUCUUAAACCAAAAGGGUUUCUUUAUAACAUUAGUUAAAAUAUUCUGCCUGCUAUUUUUUCAGUGUUUUUGCAAAAGGGCACUUUCUGAAACUCCAAAUGUGUAUUUAGCCUGGCUGGCCAAACUACACAAAUAAAAUGCUAUGCUUGCUGAAUAAUUUACCAUGAAAAUUAAUUCAAUAUCAUGUAAUUUUCUGUAAAGUGUUUUAAUUUUUAGAUAUUUUGAUGUAAGAUGAAAUGUUUUGAAAAAAUAAAAUUGAAUUUACAGGCUACAAUGACCACCUAUAUUUACUGUACUUAUGUUAAAGAUGACUUCACAUUUAAAAAUAAACCAAACAAGAUGUUUAUCACUGA